AUGAAUACAAAGUCAUCUAUCCCUACUUUCAUUCUAAAAACUUAUUAAAUGUUAGAAGAUCAAAAGAACACUAAUGUAAUUAGUUGGACUUCUUAAGGCACUGCAUUUAUAGUAUACAAUUAAAUUUUGCUGGAGAAAGAAGUUUUAUAGAAUUUCUUUAAGCACAGCAAUUAUUCGAGCUUUGUAAGACAAUUGAAUUUAUAUAAUUUUAAAAAAGUGAAAUCAAAUGAAGGUCAAAUCUUCAAGCAUAAGUGCUUCCGCAAAGGCAUGAAGUAAUAUCAAAUCAUCUAAUUUAGAUCAAUGUUGUCAUUUAUCAAAAGAAAAAAUCAAGAUGAUUCAGUAGGAGGAUCUAAUACCCUAGUUCAAGAAGAGCCAACCAUUCACAUCAAGGAAGAAUAGAAUCUAUUUAAGGAGUGCGCCAUUGAUAUCAAAGAAACAAACAAUAAGUUAAAAGAGGAUAUGAAAUUAUUAUAAGAAACAUCAUCUUAUUUAAUUGAUUAAAUGCAAAAUCUUAAUCACCCACAAUAGUUUGUUUAUAAUUAAAGUGUUGACAUAGAAGUUAAGUUCAAAUAAGUAGGAUAAAUGUUGCAUGCAAUCAAUGAAGAAUUGAGAUAAGAGAAUAAAAGUGAAACCAUUACAAACAAAUUUAUGGAUAAAAAAGAAGAAUCAUUUUAAGAAUCAAAAGUAGGUUCUCCAAAUCCUUAUGUGGAUUACAACAGUACGGCCCUAAAUCCCUUAGAUUAUGAGUAUUUUAUUGACUCAUUUCUAUGA